GGCAAAAGGGUCGUUUUCUCCAGAACAUCCAAAAUGCCUUCUGAGCAGCAGAAAAACGGUUCGGCUUCUAACGUGACUGCACAGCCAGAAAAGCCCUUUCAUUACACGUACCUGAAGGAGUUCCGUACACAGCAAUGCCAGGAGUUCCUCCACCACAAGUGUCCGAAUCAUCGCCCGUUCACAUGUUUUCACUGGCAUUUUUUGAACCAACGGAGGCGGAGACCAGUUCGAAAAAGGGAUGGAACUUUCAGCUACAGCCCGGAUAUAUAUUGUACCAAGUAUGACGAAACCACAGGCAUCUGUCCUGACGACGAAGAAUGCCCUUAUCUACAUCGCACCACAGGGGACACGGAAAGACGCUACCACCUGCGCUACUACAAAACGGGCACGUGCGUCCAUGAAACCGAUACCCGCGGCCACUGCGUGAAGAACGGCCCGCACUGUGCAUUUGCCCACGGGCCCCACGACCUGCGCCAGCCCGUGUACGACAUACGGGAAGUGCUUGCCCAGCAGGAUCCCCAGGCAGUGAUUUCGGAGAUGCUGAAACCGUCUAACGGGACAGGGAUGGGAUUAUGUAACAUUACUCUAUCAGACAAAGAUAAGGCAAUCGUAGACGAUCCAAGAUGGGGAGUCACCUCCCCUUCUCAAACUGCAGACACCAACUUUGUCCUGACCAACUACAAGACGGACCUGUGCAAGAGGCCACCGCGCCUCUGUCGCCAAGGCUACGCCUGCCCCUAUUACCACAACAGCAGAGAUAGGAGAAGAAGCCCACGCAAGUUUCGUUACAGAUCAACUCCUUGCCCUAAUGUGAAACUCACCGAUGAGUGGGGUGAGCCAGAGAACUGUGAGCAAGGCGACCAGUGCCCCUAUUGCCACACCCGGACUGAGCAGCAGUUCCACCCGGAGAUCUACAAGUCCACCAAGUGCAACGACAUGCAGCAGACCGGCAACUGUCCCAGGGGGCCUUUCUGUGCAUUUGCGCACGUCGACCAUGAAAUGACAACACAUCGAGAUUUCAGCGAGGAUGUGAGUAUUAUCCCACAACUGUCAUCAAGUAACACAGCGGUCAUCGGAAGUCCCAUGGGAACAUCACUUCAUCAACAGGUGAUGGGUGGGGACCCAACCUUCUCGAUUGCACCCAGCAACAUGCCAGGACCAAUUGCCAAGCCACGCUCCAACAGCACUUCCAGUAACUACUCAUCCGACAGCCUGCACCAUAACAUGUAUCCUAGGGCGCCAGGGUCUGAACGAGAAGAGGCAUACAGCUCAUUAUUACCAACCAGUCAUUUAGCGUCAAUGAGCCAUCCACUGACAGUCUCUAGCUCAAGUUCUACAGCUUCUAGUACAAUGUCGGCAACAGCAGCACCAUUCUAUCCACCCAGUGACACAGUGGAAUCAGUUUUAGGCAACGCUCUGGACGAUAUGCACCUAGAAGAUAUUGAUGUAGCAGCGUUGGAGAAGGAACUAGACAACGAAACGUCAUCGAUAUCAAGCUCUGUAGCAAGUAUAGGUCAUUUAUCAGUGGGCUUAGGGUAUGGCAGUUCAGCACCUGUCAGCAUACCAGGCAGUGCCAGUAGCAUCGGCAGCAGUGGUCCCAAUCAUAAAUCCUCCGUCACCGAUAGUCCUAGUUCCCCUAUGUCGCAGUUGUCGUAUAUACCGCACCACGUACAUCCACAGCAGCAACAACAUCAGCAGCAGCACCAGCAGCACCAGCUAGAACAGGCUGCGGCAGCCUUCAUGAGCCAGCCCAACACCCUCCCUCACCACGUGCGGCACGGCCCGCUCAGUCUGGCACCUGGUAACCCCACCAGUGAGGACGUAUACAAGAUGCAGGAAGAGAUCUCUGCACUGAAGAACAAGCUGCAUACAUGGGAGGAGUCUUGGAAACAGGCCAAGCAGGCAUGCGAUGCAUGGAAAAAAGAGGCCACUGAAUCCAGUGAGAAAGCUAGAAUUGCAGAGCAGCAGAGACAACUAGCAAUGCAGUAUAAAGAAGAGGCACUCAGCGAAGCCAAAUCAUUAAAGCACGACAUGGAAGGGCUGACUGGUGGCCCGCAUCUACAUAUACUAAGCAAACUGGCAGACUUAAAUAGUUUACCCCUCAGCAAUCUCAAGCAAAUGCAGCUCCAACUACGGCAAGACUUGGAGAAAUUAGAUAGGGUAAUUCACACCAAAGAGGCCUUGGGAUGUUGCGCUUGCCAAGACCGGGAACGGAGUAUAUCCACAGCUCCCUGCCACCAUCUCGUUCUCUGUGAUGUCUGUGCUUCCAACAUGCUCAAUUGUCCCGUCUGCCACAUUCAGAUCACAAGUAAAAUCACAGUGGCUCUCCCCUUGGGAUCUUAGUCAGUCAGGUCAUUAUAUGCCCUUUCAGCUAUCCUGUUGCACGUGGAAAUGCAUGAAACAUCCAACGUGUCAUACUGUAUCAAGAAACUUUGCUUAUAUUUUUAAUAAGAGCAUGAAAUAUUGGGAAAAGGAUAUUAUUCAAAAUUGGUCAAAUCUUUCAAGUUCUGCAGAUUGUCUUCAGAUAUCAUCUUACUUGUCUUUAGAUAUCAUCUUACUUUUCAGUGCAUUGGGAGCAACUCUGUAUUUGAAAUGUGUACAAUUGUAAGCAUUCUGCCAAAUUUUAAUUACAGAAAAAAAAAGUCACAGAUUUUAUUCAGUCACAUCUGCGAGGCUCCUCAGUCACAUAGCAUUAGUCGUGAAUUUAUUUUCUCACAGAUAAAGGUGACUUUAAUGGGCUUCUUGUUUCAUUUGCAAAGUUACAAAUUUUUCAGUAGCAGCAUACCCAGUUUACUCUUAUAGAGCAGAUUCUUUGAUCUGAGUCUGAUUUCUUUUGAAUCUACAAGUCAAGGCCUGAUGACAUCAACAUCUUUAGGUUCUUCUGUUCUCUUUAUGGCAAACUUCAGUGUGAGCUUCAACAAGCAAAUUGAAGCGAGCAGGGCUUCAGCCUGUGACUGUUGGGCUCUCUUCCUGGUCAAUUUGCCCUCCGUGGCAGAUUUGAAUCGACGAAAUUGGGCCAGUACUUUGGCACCGAGCACCCACUCGCCCACAAAGACCCUGCAGAUUUAGAAAAUUACUUGCCUGUUCUCUGUGCCAAGCACAGCACAAAGCAUUCCCGUUUCCAUUGAGGAAGCAGUUUCUUUAUUAGAAAGGACAAGACCGUGUCACAGUGACAAAAAUUUGUCCCCAUUAAGUUUCUAGUCCCUGUAGUAUUCAUGUUUCAAUCAGCUUGUUGUCACAACAGUCAAGUGCACAAGUACGCGUGCAGUACUUGUUGACAUUACCCAUACUUGUUCGUGGAGCCCACCACUUACGCUACUCAAUCCAACACAGAUCUUGCAAAAUCCUCCGUCACAAUCUUGCUUGAGUAUGGACAAACUUACCAGAUAAAUGUGACUGUGAUCAAGUGCAGAUUUCAUUCAAGUAUAUGUACCCUUUCAUUAGUGUCAGUGACUUGUUUUCUGUACACUUGUUGUGUCUGUGAUGUAUGGUAAGGGACUACACAGUUUUUUCCUAACAGAAUUCAGAGCUGAAGCAUUAUGAAAAAUUGUACACGACAUAGCCUGUACAGCACCGCUGUAUUAUUAUUAUUCGGGUGUUAAGUUUUAUGUUUUGAUUCAGUGGCAUUAUGUUCUUUUAUUUUUUGUUUUGUUGCUAGUUGUGACUCUUCAAAGGUAACAGACCUUUGAAGAAAUGUUAUCUAAAUUACAGAUGGAAAAAGAACACGAGGGUACCACCAAAUUUGCAUCGAUGGAAAGUAUUCCUAAACUCUGUUAACAGUUCACUUUUUCUUCCAGGUUGUUUAGGAUGAAUAUUCUGGGGUUCUCAUGGUACUCAUCCAGAUGCAAUAAAAUCAAUCUUAUUUUUUGGGGGGUCCAUUUGUCACCAAUGUGAGCAAUAGUAUGUGAAAGUGCCUGGCUUUUUUGACUGGAAAACACCGUGUCCAGUGAUUUGAUAGUUUGUGAAAGAGAACCCCUCACGGGCUUCAUCACCAGAAACGAUUUGUACCCGUACAUAUAUUGAUGCACGACUUCAUUUCGUAUCACCUUUUCACAAAGCAACAAGUUCUGGUUCAGUCUAGUCAAGUUCAGUCAGCCAAAUGGUAGCUGUAACUCUCUCUUCCUGUAUGGCCUGGGUGCAAACCCUGUUUUAGGUUUUUCAAGUUAUGCAGAUUCCUUUUUGUCUACUCCCUCUGAUUUGUUCCGAUUAUUUAGAUGUCUUUGUUAGAGAUAUGUCAUGGUACAUGUUCAAGUUUUAAAUUUUCUUUUCUUAUAGAAGGUAGUUAUUUUUAGGACAAUAAAUAAAACAAUUCAGCAUGAUUCAAUAUUUGGAUUGUUUUUAUUUUGAUUCAAAAAAGCUUUAUUUUCAAUAGGGGUGUAGCGUAACAGUACCAAAAAUGUCUUAAUUUGGGGGGAUUCAUCGAUAAACCUUGACUGUUUCAAAAAUCUGCAUGUGCAAAAUUAACUCACGUACGUCUUACUUUUAUGAAUUUUAAUGAGUCAACUGAAAGUAAACCCACAACUAUCCGCUUAUUUUCCAACUAUCCAUCCAACUGCAAUGGUGCAACUGAAAUAUGGCGGAAAGAAACUCGGCUUCAUUGGUGUAACUUUAUUACAUUGUAUUACUUUGAUGCUCAAUGUACUUACAUGCUGAGAACAACGUGGCGUUUCAAGAGCUGAAAAACUGUCAGAGUUGCGGCGAAAUUCAGGCGUACUUGACAGAAAAGGAUUCCUUUAAAAAGUGUUUUGAACAAGAAGCUUUAAUGCAGAUUUCCACGACUUCAACAUCACCGCUACAUGUGUAAUCAUCGUUCAAUAAUAUAUUAACUUAAGUGCUUCUCAUUUGGUUACAUAGUAUAUUUAAAAUGGUAAUACUCAUCUUUCAUUGAUAAAUGUGUAUUAAAGUUUGUAUUUUGUUUCGGAGAUAAUUUGUCAGUAGCUUUACUGAGUUCAUGGGAAAGUGAUUGUGCGUAAUGAUCGUUCUUCCACUAAAGACAUUAAUGUAUUUUAGGAAAGCAUUAAUAUCCAUAGUUUUCGACUGUGAAGACGGGGACUUGGUGAGUCGAAAUGUUAGUGAAAGAAAUCAAUUUUCUGUACAUCAUAGAACAUGUAGACGUACUUUUCUGCUUCAUGUUAUGUAGACAUUACCUGGAAGUUGUCAUGUUUGUUAAUUACUCUCAAUGUAGCUCUUACUCAUCUUAAACAUAUGGUUCUGUUUGACUUUUUAAAUUUUCAACUCCUUGCAGCUGUAUUAGGGUCAGUGUACCAUUUUGAAAAAGUUGCCCUGACGUCUUCGUUACGUGAUGUCUCAACAACAUAAUCUCCAAUGAGGAAUAGGUGAGGUAAACGCAUAUAUCCUUAUCACAAUUAUUUGCACUUCUGCAUUGUCAUUCAAUCAAAUUUGACCUUGAACAAGGUUCUAAGUUACGUAGGAAAAGAUAAAUUUAUAUUUUCAACUGUUUUGCUUAUCCGUCUUUGAGAAAAUUAAAAUUAUUUUUGAAUAGAAAAGAAAGAAAAAUGCAACCGAAGUGUACGCGGCGGAGCUUGAACCACGAAGAAACAAUGAACUUCAUUUGUCGUGGUUAUGUGAGUUACCUUUUGUGUGGUAUGUUACUCAUAGAGUUUAUUGAUGGAUUGCUGACGUCAUCAGGGAAACUAUUUUCUUUGAAUAAAUCUAUCUGGAGACAACCAGAAAUGCUUGACAGUUUAAA